UCAGACGGUGCUUUGGCAAUCUCUACUUAGUUGUCUUUUGACGCCAAGAACUGUCAAGCUGUUGCUGUGGACCAAUUCCGAAUGAAUCAGCCUCAGAGCGAUGAUUCCCCUAAAGUCUUCCUGCUGAAAUGCUCUACCAAUACUGCUUCGCUUACAGAUGAUCUUACUACGUUUUCGUAAAUCAUCUUGAAGGGCCAGAUUGAUGAUGUGAUCCAGAUCGCGGAGUGUUCUUCGAAGAUGUUUUGGUGAGACCUGAAUAGAUAAAUUGCGUAUUGAGAUUCUUCGCAACCAGUUGUACGAGUUGUUGUACAGUCAAAGAAUCCGCUCCAAACCAUAUACUCUUUUUACGGAGAGCCACUUUCUUCCUGCCCAGAUAGUGCACCCAUUCUGCAUGAUGUACCAAUGAAUUCACAAACAUUGACAUUAUAA